AUGGCGCCACCAAGGUCCAGCUAUCCUACAAGCAAACGGACCAAGAAGCACGCUGGAGAUGCAGUGACCUAUGAAGAUGUGCAUGUGAAAUUCACUGUGGAAGAGUGGGCUUUGCUGGAUCCUGCCCAGAAGAGUCUCUACAGAGAUGUGAUGCUGGAGACCUGCAGGAACCUCACUGCUAUAGGCAUGAAAGAAGCCACACUGGAGAGAAACCCUAUGAAUAUACUCAAGGUGAUAAAGCCUUCACCUGUCACAGUCAGGCUCACAGGCAUGGAACAAUUCAUCCUGGAGAGAAACCCGACAAAGUCACUCACUAUGGUAAAGGCUUUGCAAGUCACAGUAGUCUCAAAAUACAUUUGUCUGACUUCUAAGGCUGGGCCCUCAGAGGCCUUCUGCUGGGUCAUCACCACCAUGCUCUGGGGAAGCCAGACCACAGCUGUCCCAGCUGCCAGCCAGCUGGACAUAGCAUCCCUUGGGAGACCUGAAUCAGAGGCUUCGGACUCUUGUGAGGCAGCUGGUGCGGACCCUGCCUGUAUCCUGGGAUAA